AUGCCGUUCACCAAGGUCGUCAAGAACCGUGCGUACUACUCACGCUACCAGACAAAGUACCGUCGUAGACGUGAGGGAAAGACCGAUUACUAUGCCCGUAAGAGGUUGAUCACCCAGGCGAAGAACAAGUACAAUGCGCCCAAGUACAGGCUCGUUGUCCGCUUCACCAACAAAGACAUCAUCAUGCAGAUCAUCUCCUCCGAGAUUGUCGGUGACAAGGUCCUAGCCGCCGCCUACUCGCACGAGCUCCCCCGCUACGGCAUCAAGCACGGUCUCACCAACUGGGCCGCCGCCUACGCCACCGGUCUCCUCCUCGCCCGCCGCACGCUCACCAAGCUCGGCCUGAACGAGGAGUUCGAGGGUGUUGCCGAGGCCGACGGCGAGUACAAGCUCACCGAGGAGUCUGAGGAGGGCCGCCGCCCCUUCAAGGCCGUUCUCGAUGUCGGUCUUAAGAGGACCUCCACUGGUGCCCGUGUUUUCGGUGCCAUGAAGGGUGCCAGCGAUGGUGGAAUCCACAUCCCCCACUCGGAGUCUAGGUUCCCUGGAUUCGACAUUGAGACCAAGGAGUUGGAGGCUGAGGUGCUGAGGAAGUACAUCUUUGGCGGUCACGUUGCCGAGUACAUGGAGACUCUUGCCGACGAUGAUGAGGAGCGCUACAAGUCCCAGUUCCAGCAGUACUUGGAUGACGGUAUCGAAGCCGAUGGUCUCGAGGAGAUGUACCAGGAGGCCCACUCCAAGAUCCGCGAGAACCCCAACCUCGAGGACCCCGACAACAAGGACUCCAAGGGCAAGGACUACUGGAAGGGCGAGUCCAACAAGUACCGUCUCCGCAAGAUCUCCCGCGAGGAGAGGCGGAAGAACGUCGAGAAGAAGAUUGCCGAGAAGUCAUCAUAG